AUGUCGGACUGGGAGGCAGACAGCGAUGGCGAUGGCGAUGGCGACGGCGGGGGUAGCGGGGCCGCUGCCCUGCCCGAGCGCCCGCCCGUGCCCGAAGCCGGCUCCGCCGCCGCCCGGGGGCCCCGGACCUGGCAGCGCCGCGGGGAGCAGGGCGUGAAGCCGCUGCGAUUCCGCCUGGACAGCACCGUCAUCGGGGCGCUCAUAGGUCGAGGGGGAGCUAAAAUAAGGGAACUGGAGGAUUUAUCGGGGUCAAGAAUCCAGAUUAUAAGGGGAGAACAUGAGGCUGAAGUAAAGAUUUUUGGCAAUGAUGUUACACAGAACAAAGCAAAAAUGUUGAUUGAUGAUCUUGUUAAAAAGUGCAGCCAAACCUACCCAGCAGAAAGAACUGAGAAAGCAUUCUUCAAACAUCAGGAUUUCAGCUAUAAUAAUUCCCAGGACAGUAGUUGUGAUUUUGUAAAGUGUAGAAAUGCCCCACAGAAAUCAGUGAUUGACUGGACAUCUCUACGAGAAAAUAAAGCUAGAUAUGAAGCCAUGAAGUGGGCAGAUUUACCUCCAAUUGAGAAAAACUUUUACAAAGAAUCACCAACGGUUGCUUCCAUGUCACGAGAAGAAGUAGAGAAUUGGCGAAAAGAAAAUAAUGAUAUCACUUGUGAUGACUUGAAAGGAGGUGAAAAGCGCUACAUCCCUAAUCCUGCAUGUAAAUUUGAAGAUGCAUUUAAGCAUUAUCCUGAUGUUAUGGCUAACAUCAGGAAAGUUGGGUUUCAAAAGCCUACUCCAAUUCAGUCACAAGGUUGGCCAAUCAUACUUCAAGGAAUUGAUCUCAUUGGUAUAGCACAGACAGGGACAGGGAAGACAUUAGCCUAUUUAAUGCCUGGAUUUGUUCAUUUGGAUUCACAACCAAUUCCCAGACAUCAGCGUGAUGGACCAGGUAUGUUGGUCCUCAUUCCUACUCGAGAGCUGGCUCUUCAAGUAGAGGCAGAAUGUUCAAAGUAUACAUACAAAGGAAUUAAGAGUAUUUGCAUAUAUGGCGGUGGGGACCGAAAAGGACAGAUAAACAUGGUUACCAAAGGUGUGGAUAUUGUUAUUGCUACUCCUGGUAGACUGAAUGACCUUCAAAAGAACAACUUCAUAAAUCUGAAGAGCAUAACAUAUUUGGUUUUGGAUGAGGCUGAUAGGAUGCUAGAUAUGGGAUUUGAACCUCAAAUAAUGAAGAUCUUAAUAGACAUACGACCUGACAGACAAACAGUCAUGACCAGUGCUACUUGGCCAGAUGGUGUUCGUCGCCUUGCAAAAUCCUAUUUGAAAGAUCCCAUGAUUGUGUAUGUUGGAACUCUUGAUUUGACGGCAGUAAAUACAGUGGAACAGCAAGUUGUUGUUAUCCCAGAAGAAGAAAAGAGAGCUUUUACACGGUACUUCAUUGAUACUAUGAAACCUACAGAUAAAGUCAUCAUCUUUGUUGGAAAGAAACUUAUAGCUGAUGACUUAUCAAGUGACUUCAGUCUCCAGGGAAUACCUGUUCAGUCUCUUCAUGGCAACAGAGAACAGUGUGAUCGAGAACAAGCUUUGAAUGACUUCAAGAAAGGAAAAGUCAGAAUACUGAUAGCUACAGAUCUAGCGUCUCGUGGACUUGAUGUACAUGAUGUUACUCAUGUUUUUAAUUUUGAUUUCCCACGGAACAUUGAAGAGUAUGUUCACAGAGUAGGUCGUACUGGACGAGCAGGACGCACAGGGGAGGCUGUUACACUUGUCACUAGGAAUGACUGGAGGAUUGCAUCUGAACUGAUUGACAUUCUGGAAAGAGCAAAUCAGGCGGUUCCAGAAGAGCUCAUUUCAAUGGCAGAAAGAUAUAAACAAUUUAAGCUUAAAAAAGAAAUCGAAAAGGAUUUGGGAAGACCUCAAGGAAGGUCCCAGAAGAGGUUUUAACAAAGGAAUCUGGUGCAUGCAAGCAACACUUGUCAAUAUUUGUUUAAAAAUAAUGUAUAUGCUCAUUUUGAUAUCUGGGCAUC